AUGCUUCUCUUCUUAUUUUUUAUUGCAGUAUCUUGCCAAUUUUGUAAUAACGAAAAUUGCAUCACACAAAAAACAAACCAACUAAAAAGUCUUUUUUAUUCUCUACAACAAUUACAACAGAAGUUUAAAGUCUUAGAAGACCAAGAAAUAAAAGUUAUUGAGACAUAUACUUCUAAGAAGAGCCAAUUAGAAACAAGUCUCAGAGAAGCAGUUGAACAAGACAAUAUAACACAAAAAAUAAACCAAUUACGAAUUGAUUUUAGAAGCAAAAUAGUUGAGAUUAAACGAAAGAGUAAUAAAAUAAAAGAAGAGAUAGGACAAAUAAAUCUUAAGAUUGAAAAAUUAAAAAAUAAAAUUGAUAAGAAAAAAAGAACUAUUUAA